AUGUCCAAAUCCUCAGACGUCAUCCUGCGACUCCGCCCGCACCUCGUCAAACCGGAAUCUUCGUUGCCCGAACAAGAAGGUUCGACCGCCGUUGCUCCCGCAACUCCGUCGUCAGCCACUCGACGGACCGCCGCCCUUCUUUUGCGCUUGAACAAUCGCGUAGUUGACUCUGCUGAUGAUGAAGAAGAUGAAAUAGAAGAAGAUGAAAUAGAAGAAGAGAGCGCCAUCGAAGACGAGGUAGAGCAAAACCAGGUAGAGGAAGAUGGGCAGGAAGUACCAGAAGAAGAGGAAACAAUGGGGUAUCUAACUCCUUAUGUCGCCUCCGCCAAGAGUAAGAGAGUCGCUGUUGGUGAUCGAGUGGAGAUCUCGCCCUCUUCGGUAACGGUCAGCAACGGGACUGUAGUCGUCUCCCAUGGUUCGACCGUCACCCGUUUUCACGACGUACGGGUUCAAGUGUCGCCGUACAUGUCCAGAGGUCAAUUGGAUCCAGAACUCUUGCUAGCAGAGGUGGAUGUCGAAGAUCGGUGUGAUGGUUGCCGUAACAUCCAGACUAAGUUCCUCCCCGCCACCAUGAAAAUGAUGUCCUGCAUGACCCCCUUAUUUGUCGCUCCAGACGAAACGAUUCAUAUUGGUGGAAACGCCGAAAAUCACCUAUCCGUUUCAUCGGUCCAUGUUUCGGGGAUUCCAAGUUCUUGGGGGGAUCCUAGUGUCAAUGGUGGACAAUGGGAAUACCUCCCUUUCUCAGCUGGGGGUGACGGGGUUGAAAGAAUUAACGAGAAUGGUGUAAUGCAUACGCCUAAAGGGUGA